GGCCUCAAAAUCUGGCGCUUUUAUGUUGUCGGGUGUCUCAAAACGUAGGCGGGGUCAAAAAGACUCCUUUACACCUUGGGGUAUCUCCGACGGGAAUAACAACUGCCCACCACCGCCUCCUACACGUGUUCAGAUCCUGGGAAAGAAGGGAAAAACAAAAAGGGAAACUGCCAGGACUUAAGAUGUCUGCUCAAAACCACUUAGAUUUCCCAGGAAGGGCCUACCCGCUACCAAAAUGUCCGUCCGCAGUCCUAACGUCACUUGGUAGGCUAGAUCAAGCCAGAAAGCCUUUGCGCUCCAAUCAGGGCUUAGCCCCCUCACCCACUGCCCUUGAUUUGCGUCACUUCCGGUGGUGCAGCAGCCAUUUUGUCAGUCGCCAGCGGAUCCCGCGCGCUAGGGAAGUGCAGUUCCUCUUGGUUACCAAUUCGUCCGUUCUCCCUCCACGGUGCGGGCGCCCUCGAAGAGCACUCACCACAGACACAGCCAGUCCUCCCUACAGUGCCGCCACUGCUGUUGCAUCCGCCCGGAACUAGUGCGCUGUCUUCCUCCCUUGCCACUGACAGGCGCCCUCGGGGAGCCGCCGUCAGCGAUGUCAAGCGAGGAAAGCUACCAGGCCAUCCUGCGCUACCUGACGAACGAGUGCGAGCCGUACGCGCCGGGCACCGAGGGUAAUGUCAAGCGUAAAAUCCGCAAGGCGGCCGCCUGCUACGUGGUGCGCGACGGAACGCUGUAUUACCAGCGGAGGCAGCGGCACCGCAAGACCUUCGCCGAGCUGGAGGUGGUGCUGCAGCCCGAGCGGCGCCGGGGGCUUAUCGAGGCUGCGCACCUGGGCCCGGGCGGCACUCACCACACCCAGCAUCAGACCUGGCACGACUUGUCCAAGACGUACUGGUGGCGAGGUAUAUUAAAGCAAGUCAAAGAUUACAUUAAACAGUGUAGCAAAUGCCAGGAGAAACUAGAUCGAUCCCGUCCUAUAUCAGAUACUUCAGAAAUGUUGGAAGAAUUGGGACUAGACCUUGAAUCUGGAGAAGAAAGUAAUGAAUCAGAGGAUGACCUAAGCAACUUUACUUCGCCUCCAACUACAGCUUCCAAGCCUGCAAAAAAGAAGCCAGUAUCCAAACAUGAACUUGUAUUUGUUGACACCAAAGGAGUGGUGAAACGUUCUUCUCCAAAACAUUGUCAGGCUGUCUUAAAACAGCUGAAUGAACAGAGACUCUCUAACCAGUUCUGUGAUGUUACUUUGUUAAUUGAAGGAGAAGAGUACAAAGCUCAUAAAUCUGUUCUGUCAGCUAAUAGCGAAUAUUUUCGAGAUCUUUUUAUUGAGAAAGGAGCUGUUUCCAGUCAUGAGGCAGUGGUGGAUCUUUCUGGCUUUUGUAAGGCAAGCUUCCUUCCUUUACUGGAAUUUGCCUAUACUUCUGUGCUAAGUUUUGACUUCUGUAGCAUGGCUGAUGUAGCCAUCUUGGCUCGUCAUCUUUUCAUGUCAGAAGUUUUAGAAAUCUGUGAAAGCGUACAUAAACUAAUGGAAGAGAAGCAGCUAACAGUAUAUAAGAAGGGUGAGGUACAAACAGUUACAUCUACACAGGACUUACCAGAACAAAAUGGAGGUACAGCACCUCCUGUGGCUAACAACGAGGGAACCACAACAACUUUAUCCACUGAACUUGGGGACUGUGAAAUUGUACUGCUGGUGAAUGGAGAAUUGCCAGAGCAGAAUGGAGAGCUAGGACAACAGCCUGAGCCCCAGGUUUCUUCACAGACCGAAGCUGCUCUGUCACCUGUAGGCUGUGUAACUGAUUCCCAUCCUGAAAUGGAGUCUGUUGAUUUAGUAACAAAAAACAGCCAGACAGAACUAGAAACUUUAAACAGCAGAGAAGAUGGCACAGUCUCUAAUACUCAUCCUGAGCUUUCAAAAGAGAAUGUAAUCAGUAGCUCUCCAGAAAACAGUAAUAUGGGAAAUGAUACAGCAACAGAGGAUAUCUGUGCUGAAGAUAUUUCAGAGCAUAGGCAGAACCUUGGCCAGUCUUUAAAAGAUCAGGAAAAUCUAGUUGAACCGACAGCACAGACAGACCAUAGUCCCGAUGAUGAUGAUACUUACAGAAGCAGGCUUCGGCAGCGUUCUGUUAACGAAGGGGGAUAUAUCCGACUACACAAAGGAAUGGAGAAGAAGCUGCAGAAACGGAAAGCCAUUCCCAAGUCAGCAGUUCAACAGGUGGCUCAGAAAUUAGUUCAAAGAGGAAAAAAAAUGAAACAACCAAAAAGGGAUGCUAAAGAGAAUACCGAAGAAGAAGCAUCCCAUAAAUGUGGGGAAUGUGGAAUGGUUUUUCAGAGACGAUAUGCUCUUAUAAAGCACAUACUGAAACAUGAAAGAGCUAGAGAUUACAAGUGUCCAUUGUGUAAGAAACAGUUUCAGUACAGUGCGUCCUUGAGAGCACACCUUAUUCGACAUACCAGGAAAGAUGCACCUACUUCAUCCUCUUCCAGUUCUGCAUCUAAUGAGGCAUCAGGAUCAUCAUCUGAGAAGGGCAGAACCAAACGCGAAUUUAUAUGUUCAAUAUGUGGAAGGACAUUACCUAAAUUAUAUUCUCUUCGAAUACAUAUGUUAAAGCACACAGGGGUAAAACCACAUGCAUGCCAGGUCUGUGGAAAGACUUUCAUCUACAAGCACGGUCUAAAAUUACACCAGAGUCUCCAUCAAUCACAAAAGCAGUUCCAGUGUGAACUAUGCGUUAAGUCAUUUGUUACCAAACGGAGUCUUCAGGAACAUACGAGUAUUCACACAGGAGAGUCCAAGUACCUUUGCUCAGUUUGUGGAAAGUCUUUUCACAGGGGCUCUGGGCUCAGCAAGCACCUAAAGAAACACCAACCAAAGCCUGAAGUUCGAGGCUAUCAUUGUACUCAAUGUGAAAAAAGUUUCUUUGAAGCUAGAGAUCUUCGCCAGCACAUGAACAAACAUCUUGGUGUGAAGCCAUUCCAGUGCCAAUUUUGUGAUAAGUGCUAUAGUUGGAAGAAAGAUUGGUAUUCCCAUGUGAAGUCUCACUCUGUCACUGAGCCUUACAGGUGUAAUAUAUGUGGCAAAGAAUUUUAUGAAAAGGCACUGUUCAGAAGGCAUGUAAAGAAAGCUACCCAUGGAAAAAAAGGAAGAGCAAAGCAAAACCUGGAACGGGUGUGUGAACAAUGUGGAAGAAAAUUCACUCAGCUGAGAGAGUAUAGGAGGCACAUGAACAACCAUGGAGGAGUUAAGCCAUUUGAGUGCUUAACAUGUGGAGUAGCUUGGGCUGAUGCCCGAUCUCUAAAACGCCACGUCAGAACACAUACAGGUGAACGGCCCUAUGUCUGUCCCGUAUGUAGUGAAGCCUACAUAGAUGCUCGAACACUCCGUAAACAUAUGACUAAAUUCCACAGAGAUUAUGUGCCUUGCAAAAUUAUGCUGGAAAAAGAUACCCUUCAGUUUCAUAACCAAGGAACUCAAGUGGAGCAUGCUGUUAGCAUCUUAACAGCAGAUAUGCAGGAACAAGAAAACAGCGGUCCUCAAGAACUUGAAACUGUGGUAGUGACAGGAGAGACUAUGGAAGCUCUUGAAGCUGUUGCAGCUACUGAAGAAUGUCCGUCAGUAUCUACACUUUCUGACCAAAGUAUUAUGCAAGUGGUUAACUAUGUGUUAGCACAACAGCAAGGACAGAAGCUGUCUGAAGUUGCAGAAGCUAUUCAAACUGUUGAAGUAGAGGUGGCCCAUAUUUCAGAAACAGAGUGAAUGUAGUAAUGGAGAUGAACAGAAGGGACAUCUCA